AAAAUAAUACAAAAAAAUACAUAAAUUUAGAAUAAAUAAAUGAAAUAAAUAUUAAAUAAUUAAAUCAAAACACACUAUGAGAACAGUAAAACUCGAAAAUUUGUUUUUAACAAUAGCUUUUUGUUUAAUAGUUGAUGCAGAUUCAUUACAUCAAACACUCAAACAUUUUGAAGUUUUUCAUAAGGACGAUGUCCAACAUCGAAUUAUAAAGAGAGGAGUGAAGCAUAGUUCUAAUCCGUACAAUGUGAUCAAAGAAGUCGAAUUCAAAACACUAGGAAAAAAUUUUCGUCUUAUUCUUCAUCCACAUCGCGAUGUUCUGCAUUCAAAGUUUAAAGCAUACACGGUAGAUGGAGACGGAAAUGAAACAGUAGUACAUUUGGAUCAUGAUAACUUUUAUAGCGGACGUGUUUUUGGAGAAGUGGAUUCCUCAGUCAGAGCCCAUAUUGAAGAUGGUUUAAUGACUAUGUCUAUUAAUUUGCCAAAUGAAGCAUAUCAUGUUGAGCCGUCAUGGCGUCUUUUGCCCACUGCCAAAGACAAUACAAUGGUUGCAUAUCGCACAUCAGAUAUUAAAAUGAAUUGGCAACAUCCAGAAAAGGGUGAUAUGGGCGGAGCUCCAUUAACCUGUGGAUAUGUCAAAGAAGGACAAGAACUAGAAAUUGCCGACGAUGAGGGGCAAGAUGGAGAAUAUGACCAUAAUCAUGAGCACCAGCCACAAUCGCAUCUUCUAACAUCCAUGCACAAUGAGUCGCACAAGAGAUCGAAACGCCAAGCAGACCAAUAUGAAUAUACACCUACCAAGACCAGAUGUCCGCUGCUUUUAGUGGCAGAUUAUAGAUUCUUCCAGGAAAUGGGUGGCGGUAAUACCAAAACUACCAUAAACUAUUUGAUAAGCCUUAUUGAUCGGGUUCAUAAAAUCUAUAACGACACUGUAUGGCAAGAUCGCUCAGAUCAGGAAGGCUUCAAGGGCAUGGGGUUUGUAAUUAAGAAAAUCGUUGUACACUCAGAGCCAACUCGUUUGCGUGGUGGUGAAGCCCAUUAUAAUAUGAUUCGUGAAAAAUGGGAUGUACGAAAUCUUUUAGAGGUUUUUUCGCGAGAGUAUAGUCAUAAAGAUUUUUGCUUAGCCCAUUUAUUUACGGAUUUAAAAUUUGAAGGAGGUAUUUUAGGUUUGGCUUAUGUUGGCUCACCCAGACGCAAUUCCGUAGGAGGAAUAUGUACACCAGAAUACUUCAAAAAUGGCUAUACAUUGUAUUUGAACUCGGGUUUAAGUAGUUCGCGAAAUCAUUAUGGACAACGUGUCAUAACGCGAGAGGCAGACUUAGUAACGGCCCAUGAAUUUGGACAUAAUUGGGGAUCGGAACAUGAUCCUGAUAUACCAGAAUGUUCACCAAGUGCCUCUCAAGGUGGAAGUUUUCUCAUGUACACAUAUUCCGUUAGUGGCUAUGAUGUCAAUAACAAGAAAUUCUCCCCAUGCUCCUUGCGAUCUAUACGCAAAGUUCUACAAGCAAAAUCGGGUCGUUGUUUCUCCGAACCUGAAGAAUCGUUUUGUGGCAAUCUUCGCGUUGAAGGCGAUGAACAAUGCGAUGCUGGCCUUUUGGGCACAGAGGACAAUGACGCCUGCUGUGAUAAAAAUUGCAAGCUACGUCGCAAUCAAGGCGCUGUUUGCAGCGAUAAAAAUUCUCCUUGUUGUCAAAAUUGUCAAUUUAUGCCGGCCGGUGUCAAGUGUCGGGAGCAAGUUUAUGCGACUUGUGAGAGGGAGGCUCGCUGCACGGGAACACAUGCCGAAUGUCCAAAAUCACCAGCCAUGGAUGAUGGCACCAUAUGUCAAGAACGUGGCCAGUGUCGUAAUGGCAAAUGCAUUCCAUAUUGUGAAACUCAAGGUUUGCAGAGUUGUAUGUGUGAUAUUAUUCAAGAUGCUUGCAAAAGGUGUUGUCGCAUGAGCAUUAACGAAACCUGUUUCCCCGUAGAACCACCCGAUGUUCUACCAGAUGGUACGCCUUGCAUUCAAGGAUUUUGCAAUAAGGGUGUCUGUGAGAAAACCAUACAAGAUGUUGUGGAACGUUUUUGGGAUAUUAUAGAGGAAAUUAACAUAAAUAGAGUUUUGAGAUUUUUGAAAGAUAACAUUGUUCUUGCUGUCGUCGUUUUGACUUCCAUAUUUUGGAUUCCAGCAAGUUGUGUUAUAUCCUAUUUCGAUCGUAAAAAACUUCGUCACGAAUUGAAACAGAUCGAAUGGAGUCAAAAGAAUGAUCUUAUUCAUCCUGGAGACAGACGAAGAGUUAUACAUAUAAGAGUACCACGCCAAAAAAUGUCAAUGGCACGAAUGUAAACAUUAAAUGGAGAACAAAACACAUUUGCAUUUCUUAAAAUCAUUUUGAAUGUCAACCAAAGUGUUUAGGUAUUAAUAAAAUUUUUAUUUUUAAGAAAAAGGUUA